UAUCCAUGAUGGAGAAAAUUCUUCAUAAAUAGUAAUUGAUCUUAAAUAUUUUUUAAUGCUAAAUCGUGUUAAAAGGCACAAUAAUCUAGCCAAAACUAUUUCACUCGACAGCUUGCGUCGUUGAGGAUGUGAAAAUGAUUGGUGAUGAUGUUUAAUUAACGAAUUUUUACUCUAUUUGAGACGAUAAAAUUUAGAAAGAGGAAGUCGUAAAGAUUCAUAAAAGAAAAGUAAACUAACUACAUUAAAAAGUAAAAUAUUGUGACCCGCAGUUUAAUUAAUUCUUCGCCUUUAAACUCCAGUAUUUUUGAGUAAUAAAAGCAGGGAUUUUCCGUAGUUCAUACUGUUGCUGAUUUUUCAUCGGAAAAAUUGGAAAAAAAGUUUUUUUUUCUCCUAAAAUUCAUCGACAAAGGGGACAACUUUAUUGAUUAUAAAAUUUAAAUUUAAAGCAAGAGAGAGUGAAAACAUUAUUCCACAUCAAUCACAAUUCGUCCAAACUUCACACAACCUAAAUAAACAUGGCAGAAGAUGACGAUAAUCAAGUCUACCAGCAGAAAGAAACGAAAAUCAUCUAUCACAUUGAUGACGAGCCGACACCAUAUUUAGUGAAAAUUCCCUUUCCACCGCCUCAAGUGAAAUUGAAAGACUUCAAAAUCAUUUUGAGCAAACAACAGACGUGCAAUUAUAAAUUCUUUUUCAAAUCGAUGGAUGCUGACUUUGGUGUUGUGAAAGAGGAAAUAAUUGAUGAUAAUACUGUUCUUCCAUGUUUCAAUAAUAAAGUUGUUUGCUGGUUGGUUACGUCAAAUGAUGCCGCAUCAAAUGCGUCUGAAACGCCAAAUCCCGAUAAGGUUGACAGUGGUGAACAUCCGAAGAUGACUGCAAGACAUGGACCAGAUGGAAAAUUAACGUAUCAAGCGGUUACAAAUUUCCUCUCAUCAUCAUCAGAUUUAGCAAGUUCAACGAGCUUCUUUGACGACGAUGAGACUGAAAAUGAUAUGGAGAGAAUGAAGCACGAGAACUAUUACGAUUAUGAUGAGAACCUCACUGAAUAUUCAUCGAUCCUAUCGAGUCAGCAAAACAGUCGAUUGAAGAUACGAAAGAAACCUCAACGAAGGAAAAAACGUCCAAACCAGCAAAUGUCACGCACAUCGUCUUAUAGUUCAAUUACCGACUCCACCAUGUCAUUAAACAUAAUGACAGUUCAAAUAAACAUGGAUACGGUGAACUUUCUAGGAAUUUCAAUUGUUGGUCAAUCGAAUCGUGGUGGCGAUGGUGGAAUUUAUGUUGGGAGCAUUAUGAAAGGUGGAGCUGUUCAACUUGAUGGACGAAUUGAGCCUGGUGAUAUGAUUUUACAAGUGAACGACAUCAACUUUGAAAAUAUGACCAAUGAUGAAGCGGUGAAGGUUUUACGUGAGGUCGUUCAAAAGCCGGGUCCAGUGAAACUUGUUGUUGCCAAAUGUUGGGAUCCUAAUCCAAAAGGAUAUUUCACGAUUCCCCGAUCGGAGCCUGUCAGACCAAUUGAUCCAGGUGCUUGGAUCGCUCAUACACAAGCUCUUCGAUCAUGCGAGAAUCUUGAAACAGAUUCUGAUGUCUUAACAGUGUUAAAUCAGCCACGAUUGAAUGUCAACAUGCCAUAUAAAGUCAUUGUUCAAACGAUGAAGAAACCUGAUAGUGGCCUCGAAAUUCGUGAUCGAUUAUGGCUGAAAAUUACAAUUCCAAAUGCUUUUAUUGGGAGCGAUCUUGUUAACUGGAUAAUGGAAAAUGUAGAAGGAAUAAAUGACCGAAGAGAGACAAGGAAAUUUAUUGGCAAUAUGUUAAGGAAGAAUUACAUCAAGCAUACUGUGAAUAAAUUAACAUUCAGUGAGAAUUCCUACUACCAAUUUGGCGAAGGUGACGUUGCCGGUGGUUACACGCUCAACGAAGAUGACGAUUCAGCAUCAACAUUAAUUGGCCAUAAUCCUUAUGAUACCGAAAGUAUUAUUAGUGAUCAUAUUUCCAAUUUGCCAUCACAUGUCAAUGCUCUUCCUAAUUACCAAUUAGGACCACCACCAAGCCUGCCAGCGCCUGAGUGCUUCAUGCCUAAUCAAGCUCAUUAUUUUACGGUUGGUAGCAGCGUAAGUGGAGCAAAUGAUCCCAACUAUUAUGUCAUCGAAAAGCCAAUGUCAAUGAUUAGCAAUGCGGGUUUACCGCACUUACAGAAAGCAUCAUCAAAAUCAUCAACGACAAGCAAAAGCUGUUCGUCUACCGAGAGCCAAAAAUAUAUGAUCAAAAACCUCAUUCAACAAACUAAUCACAUGUCAUUAAAGAACGGCGAUAAAAAUUCCAAAUCAUCAUCAAAUUCAUCAUCUAAAGGACAUCAAGUUGAGUAAAGGUAGUUGAUAAAAAGAGAAGAAAAUAAAAUCACUUAAAUGAAGCUACACAUAAACACAUGAAUUAUAAGCCAUAAACAUUUUCAUUAAAUAACACAAAUACACGAUUUAUAAAUUCAUUCUUCAUGAUUUUAAUGAACGGAACCGUGAUUAAAUGCUUCGAUGCUAGAAGAGGAAAAAAUUUAAUAUCUAAGCAGAUAAUUUUACUAUUUGAUUUAAUUUUCAUUGAUUUCUUUUCAUCUUUUAAAAGAAAUUAUUUUUAUCUUUUAUUUAAGAAGAAGUUCAUAUUUUGAAUGUGAAUUCAUUGUAUGAAUGUUCAGAGUAUUCUAUAAACUAGAAGUGAACUUUCAUCCUUUUUUCUUUCUUUUUCAUUUCCAAUUCAUCUUUUGCAUAAACACUGAGAGAAGUUUGAUUUGUGACAAUGAAGAUCAUUUAAUCGACAUUAUUGUAAGGAUAAUAAUGUUAUGCCAAAUUGUGUAUACUCUGACAUUCUGUUAGUAAUUUAGAUGACUCAAGAGUAAUUUAUGUCACAGAAUGAACAAUGAAAAGGUGACAAAUAAAUCAAAAUUUAAUGUGAAUUAAACUAUGCUCAAAAUCGAAAUAAUUAAUCCUAACAUGAAUUGUCACUGAUCAUCCAAUAAUCUCAGUCGUUUCUAGCUCGAGGUUCUAAUGAUAAAAAAUUACAAUAAAGACGACGUAGACAGUUUAUGACAAACGAACAAAAAAGAUUAUUUAAUCAAGGUUUGUUCAAUAAACUGAUGACAAAACAAAUGAAUAUUACAGGGUGUAAAUAAAGAAGAAAUCAUGAAAACACGAUGAAUAAAUCUUGAUAUGGAAAUUUACUCAAAAAGAUUUCAAAAGAUAAUUAAUUUAAAAUAUCUGGAAAAUUAGUUUUUGUAUUGAAUUCAGAUAGGAGAAAAAAAAGGAUGUUAAGGCAGACAUUAACAGGAAAAAUGAUAUGAAAAAGAUUAUACGACUUCAAUGAGAAAUUUAAUAAAAGUGAAGAUAUAAUUGUCUUUAAAAAAUUUACAAA